GGUCACGCAAGAUGGCGGCGCCCAGAAGCCGCUGAGACGUGAAGCGGAGAAUGGCGCUGACGGUGCUGGCGGCGGGGGCUCGGCUGGGGCGCCGGCUGAGCUGCCCGGGCCCUGGGCGAGGGCACUGGACGGCGGCCGGGCGCUCGCGGAGCCGGCGCGAGGCGGCGGAGGCCGAGGCGGCCGCUCCCGUGGUCCAGUACGUGGGCGAGCGCGCGGCCCGCGCCGACCGCAUCUUCGUGUGGGGCUUCAGCUUCUCGGGGGCGCUCGGCGUGCCCACCUUCGUGCUGCCCGGCUCCGGGCCUACGCCCCGCGCCGGCUCGCGUCCGCGCCGCAGGAUCCAGCCGGUGCCCUACCGCCUGGAGCUGGACCAGAAGAUUUCAUCAGCUGCCUGUGGCUAUGGAUUCACACUGUUGUCCUCUAAAACCAAGGAUGUGACGAAAGUUUGGGGAAUGGGCCUCAACAAAGAUUCUCAGCUUGGAUUUCACAGGAGCCGGAAAGAUCACAUGAGGGGAUACGAGUAUGUUUUGGAGCCCUCGCCCAUCCCACUGCCUCUGGACAGACCUCAGGAGACACGGGUGCUACAAGUCUCCUGCGGCAGAGCCCACUCUCUCAUCCUGACAGACAGCGAAGGAGUCUUCAGCCUGGGAAACAACUCUUAUGGACAAUGUGGAAGGAAGGUGGUUGAAAAUGAAAUUUACAGCGAAAGUCACAAAGUCCACAGAAUGCGGGACUUCGAUGGACAGGUGGUCCAGGUCGCCUGUGGUCAGGACCAUAGUCUGUUCCUAACGGAUAAAGGAGAAGUCUAUUCUUGUGGAUGGGGCGCAGAUGGACAAACAGGUCUGGGUCACUACAGUAUCACCAGCACACCCACCAUGCUGGGUGGAGACCUUGCUGGAGUGAAUGUUGUCCAGGUCGCCACCUACGGUGACUGUUGCCUGGCCGUGUCUGCUGACGGAGGCCUCUUUGGUUGGGGAAACUCUGAGUACCUGCAGCUGGCUUCUGUUACUGACUCCACACAGGUGAAUGUCCCCCGGUGCCUGCCCUUCUCAGGAGUGGGGAAGGUGAAGCAAGCUGCGUGUGGAGGCACAGGCUGUGCUGUAUUAAAUGAAGAAGGGCAUGUUUUUGUCUGGGGCUACGGAAUUCUUGGGAAAGGACCAAACCUAGUGGAAACUGCCCUGCCAGAAAUGAUUCCUCCCACUCUCUUCGGCUUGACUGAGUUCAACCCAGAAGUCCAGGUUUCCCGCAUUCGCUGUGGACUCAGCCACUUUGCUGCCCUUACCAACAAAGGAGAGCUGUUUGUGUGGGGCAAGAACAUCCGAGGGUGCCUGGGAAUUGGUCGCCUGGAAGACCAGUAUUUCCCGUGGAGGGUAACGAUGCCCGGGGAGCCUGUGGAUGUGGCAUGUGGUGUGGAUCACAUGGUGACUCUGGCAAAGUCAUUCAUCUGAAUCUCCUGCCUGACCCACUCGAGCCCGGCCCUGGCCUCAGAACCACUUGGACUGCUUAGUAGUGGCAGCCAGCUGGGUUUCUUGAUUAGGGUCAGAGAGGAUUAGGCCCUUUGUGAAGUGUGACGCUGUCGCCUCAAGCCCUCAGCAGGAACAUACUGGAAGUCCCGGGAUGUGGUCCCUUCUCCAGCUAAGGAUGAGACCUGCUAAAUUCAGCACAGGACGGCUGCCUCUAGCGGGCCGAGCUCCAGUGAGACGAGUCCCAUGGCUGUGUGAUCCCGGCAGGGCAAGGCUGAUUCACACGUCUUGGUUCUUUCCAGGGAACCUGUGAUGGCUUCUGGUGUCACAUCUGGCCCCAGAAACUGGUCUUAGGAAAGGUUAGCUCACAGUGUAUCAUUUUACUUGAACUUCAAAGGUGGCCUGACAGAGUUCAGUGCUCGGGAGGGCUUCUGUGGCCCCUCUGCCCACAGAAAGGUCUUGGUUGGUGUCUGGGCAGGCUUUGCUUGGGCAUCAGGGGAAACCCCAGUCCCACUGAGGGAGCAGGCUAGCUUUGGCCUGGGGUUUUCAUUCAGGUCCCCCUCCCCACUCAGCCAUUUCCUGCCAGCUGUCCCCAGCCAGCUCACUGCCGGGACCCACUCUGAAAUCCCUUGGUUUGGGGUUCUCCCUGGGGAUACCAGUGGGCGCCAUCCUCGUACCCAGUGGGCCCAGUGCUGUCACCUGCCUUGUAUCCAUUCUCACUGCCUGGCUUGGAAAAGAGAAGCCUCCACAGAAGAAGAUCGAGGCCAAAUUCCUGUGGGCUGAGGACUCUGAACACAUCCUGCAAAAGCUUGGCUGGAGAGCCAGCCUUGGAGAAGAAGGUUCGGAAAUUGUGAGAAAUAUUUGAGUUAGUAACAUAACUUUUCUUUAAGCAUACCUUUUAAAAAUAUCUUUUGGAAUAAAGUCUAUUUUCUGCCUUUUUAUUUU